CUCCAGCCAAUCAGUUUCACUGAGGAUCACGUCAGCGCACCGGAAAUCUAAACACGAGUGAGACCGGCGCCUUAUGAUUCAACUCAAGCGCCAGUGUAACUCUCCCUGGCUUUGAACCUUCCGGUAGUAGCGCAGUAUUAACAGACCACAUUACAUUGCCUAGACAUGCCGGAAACACGAGGCAACUUUCGUUCUCUACAGAAGCCACAAAACGACAUUUCUACGGCUGAUGGAAGGGUCGUGUUGAAUGAACUCGGCAUGUUGCUGCCGUGCUGAUGGCACAUACCCAUUGCCUUUGAUCUUCUCGGAGCUGCCGGUACACGUUCCCCACAGCCACCACUAAUCGCGUAACGCCGACAUGCAUGGUAUCCUCAGUUCUCUUCAAACCCUUCUCAUUUCCCCAACGUUCGUCUCGCCCUGGACAUGUUCAAUACAUCAUCCAUCUCCGGCCGUAUCACCCUCGAAUCUGCAGGGCUUAUCGCUCUCGCCGAUCUCUCCACUGUCGCAGUGAGGACGGCUUUGACAGGAACGGCCUCUUACCUUGAUGUUCUCGUCCUUGCACCAGGCAUGCAUCAGCAGCAGUCUGCCGUCAAAAUCAAUGACGGAGAAUUGCCAGAGACCGGCUCGGUGAUAAAUGGAUACGUCUUCCGGGUUGAAAAUCCUGCUACCGUCAGCUACCUACGGCACAUUGGCCGUACUGGCAAACUUGUCACCGCCAAAGUAUCUCUAAAACCUACCCGCAACUGCAUUCCAUUCACGAAUCCUUUCUACAACCUCAAUGUAUCCCCCCACAACAACCCAUUCUUCUUCGCAGGCAUACGUGCUACUCUGCUGUACCUCAUGUGCCCAAUACUCACUAUCAUCGUAUUCGCGCUUCUGGGCGCUAUCAGAGAUUGGUGGGCGGUUGUGGUCUUGGGGAUGCUUGUGUUGGCUAGAUUUAUCAACGUUGUUGUCAUCAAGCGGAGAAGUAAGGAAGGGUGGAAGGGCAAAAAAGAGCCGGGCGUCGAUGGCGACCUGCUCAUACUUCUGAGUCAGGAUCGCUGGGUACGUUUGAAGGGGUCGGUGGACGAUCUUAAGGCCGUGACAGCUGGCCAUUGGUUACGGGGUCAGACUUCGGAGGAGAGCUUUGCUGUAGGGUUCGCUACGCUGUUGGUCUACGCAUCCGCUGCUCUUGCCGGAAACGCAUCCACCGUGGGAAGCCUGCAUAUCGCCUGCUUGCUUCUCUGCUCCGCGGCUCUAUUGAGCUUGUGUAACUCCUCGACACAGUGUUUGCAGAUGUUCGGUCGUGUUGUGCGGAGGGAGGGAGAUCGUACAGAUUAUGAUCAGAGGCUGGACAUGGUCAAGGAUCUCGUUCAACAAAGUGGGAAGGACGACUGGGCCAUCGAUAUGGGGUUGAUAAAACCUGCUGAAGCGGCGGCCGCUCUUAAGGAGCGCAAGUACUCAAAUGAAUCCAAGUGUUCGGAUAUCCUUGAAGAUGGAAGCGUUAGCACUGUUAGCUUGGAUGCCGCCAAAGCUUAGCCUUGAAGUAUAAUGGCCAACCAAUUUUCUGUAAUGUGUAUUCAUGAUAUUCAUACAGCUUCCAAAAUAUGAACAUAUUUCAUACAGUAUCCAAUAAUGCGCAGACGACACGAAGAGUCAACGAUCCAGUUGUUGCCCGAUGGGUGUUCGGGAAAUGCCGAAGGUCGAGUCGCGCCAAAAAUGGUAGUCGCGCCUCUUGAUAACGAACCACCAUCAUCGCUGCACUUACAUCGACAGCGGCGAUAAUGCAGCACCUUGUAUCGGAACACAGCCAGCUACUGCGUCUACUGGCUUUUUCAUGCUUGCCUGAAGGAUUCCCGAGUAUAUCGUAGUGAGGAAACGGUACGUCAUUGGGCUGCCGCAGUAAAUCCUCAAAUGUUCUAAA